AUGGCAUUUGAUUUUUACAACGUACAAUUAACGAAACCAAGGCAUCGAUUGUCGAAAGGUUUAAUCGCACGCUCAAGACGAAAAUGUGGAAAUACUUUACCGGCAGCAAACAAUACGCUCAAGCACGUGGACAUUCUCCAGAAACUGGUCAAAUCUUAUAAUCAUUCUCGACAUCGUAGUAUUAGCAUGAGACCAGUAGAUGUGAAUAAAAACAACGAGAAUAUUGUGUGGCAAACACUACGGGAAAGAGUCCAAAAAAUCAGUCCAGGCGACCAGUCCGGGUUAGUAAAGCAAAGCGAACAUUUAAAAAAGGAUACUUACCCAAUUGGACUGAAGAAGUGUUUACGGUAACGAAACAUAUACCUCGACGACCACUUGUGUACAAGAUUGCAGAUUAUGACGGCGAAGAACUGGAAGGAACAUUUUACGAGCAGGAACUUCAGAAAGUCAACAAAUCAGGGUUAGGGUUAGGAUUACGUUUUUGUUUUAAACAGAAACUACGAUCUAAUCGAUUCAACUACUCUUCCCUCAACUACCCAAUGCGAACCUAAUACGUCAGAAUUGAAUCUUUCUCCCGAGGACGUUUUGGUUUGUCUGCGAACGCUUGAUGUCAAUAAAGCAACAGGUCCUGACGGAAUUUCGCCCAGACUACCAAAAGAAACCGCCCACCAAAUAGCUCCAUCGCUAUCCGCUCUAUUCAAUCGAUCCCUCGAUAGUGGCUCUCUACCAGAAGAAUGGAAACUGGCUAACAUACCAGUUUUCAAGAAAGGUGACAAAUCCUUCGUUGAGAACUAUCGUCCCAUAUCGCUCCUCUGCGUGGUAUCGAAAGUCUUCGAGCGUUGCGUGUUGAACAAGCUGCGCGAUCACCUGUUACAACUACUAAACUCGUCACAACAUGGCUUCACCCCAGGCAGAUCAUGUACCACCCAGCUUGUCGAAGUGCUGAACUACAUCGGUUCUCUGUUAGACUCCGGGAAACAAACUGACGUUAUCUUCAUGGACAUGUCAAAAGCGUUCGACAAGGUCAGUCAUACUGCUCUUGUUAACAAACUUGCAAACUACGUCUCUGCUUAA